UAGAACUUGGGAGACUAAUAUUCGGUAUUCCCAUUUCCCAUUGUGAGUCCUCGGCACAGGGAUGAUAGUAGAGGCAAGCAGAAUAAACCUUGUCCCAUGCUGUUCAUAUCUCAGGUCAGCCAGCCGGCGAACGCGUCAAGCACAGUCCAUCCUAUUCAAUUUGUAUAUAUACCUAUGAAGGCAUCCUUUGGCCCUCAGUUGAGAUUUAUAUCGUUCCACAUAGGCAGUCCCCGUUGAUAAGGAGUCUACUAGUUAUUGCACUCGUAAUGAUCAAUACAUAGCUGACAUUCUCCCCGGUCAGUUCAUCGUCUGAACAACAAUUGUCAUUCUUUUCAAUUCACUCGUUGCAUUCGUCACAAUGCGUCCGUCCAUUUCGACCCUCCUCAUCGGCCUUGCCGCCACCGAAUGCUCCGCUCAACUCACCUCUUUCCCCAACCCGUCCACCGGCCGCGGCGUCACCGCCGCCUGCGCGGCUCUUGAACGCGCUAUUCCCGGUAAGGUCGUGUUCGCCAAAGACAAUUCGACAUCAUACCACGAAGUCCAGGACGACUACUGGCACGCGGGACUUUCGGAAUGGGCGCCGCCAUGCAUAGUAUUGCCGACGGCAGCCGAGGAGGUCGCCGCAGCGGUGAAGGUGCUAAAUCAGCACCCAACCGUCAAGUUCGCGGUCAAGAGCGGAGGGCAUGACGCCAACCCAGGGCAUUCGUCGAUUAAGGAUGGAGUGUUGAUCGCACUAGAGCAAUUGACGGGAACGGAGUUGGAUAAGGAGAACGGAGUCGCGCAUAUCAAGCCCGGAGGAAAUUGGAGCGGUGUGAUCAAGGCGCUAGAUGCUGAGGGAUAUGCGGUCCUUUCGGGGCGGCUGGGGAUUGUGGGCAUUGGAGGGUUUAUCACCGGCGGCGGGAUGUCGUUCCUUAGCGCACAACACGGGCUAACAGCAGACACCGCGGUGAACUUUGAAACUGUCAGGGCCGAUGGCUCUAUUCAGAAUAUCAAUGCUACGAGCGACCCAGAAGUGUUCCGCGCGAUGAAGGGUAGCACCAACCAAUUCGGCAUCGUAACAAAGUUCACCCUUAAGGCUUACCCGAUCGGUCAAGUUUGGGGCGGCUCGCGAAUCUACCUCCCAGAUGUUCAGCGUGAGGUGCUGAAGGCGACGCAUGAUUUCAUCUCCAAUCCGUCCGACCCGAAGGCGGCCAUCAUCGUCAACCAUAACAUGGUUAUGGGAGGCGUGACUAUUGUUCAGGUCUUCUUUUUCUAUGACGGGACGACUCCUCCAUCAGCUGCGUUCAACGGCUUGCUCGAGAUUCCAUCCGUGCAAGACCAGACGGCGGUCCGAUCGUAUGCCGAGUUGCUUGAUUUCAAUUCGGAGGGCGCUGCCGGGUUCAAGCAUCGGUCCUCGUGGCGUAGCAUAACCCUCCCUCUUCUUCCUGGUGAUGGGGGCAUUGAUUUUAUGCAAAAUCUGGUCAAUAACUGGCAGAACAUCUCGCUCCCGUACUUCUCCCAGCACGCAGAGGCCGUCCAAACCAUCGCGAUCCAGCCUCUCCCGAGCCUCUUUGGAAAACACUCUCAAGCUGCCGGUGGAAAUGCCAUGGGCCUUACCGGGUCUGAUGGUCCACGCUACAUUAUUGAGCUGAGUAGCAUCUGGGGAAGUCCACAGAAUGGAACGGAUGACCAGACCAUUUAUGGGCUGGCCACGCAGGUGACGAAAUAUGCGGAGAGGUCGUUGGCUACCGCAUUGAGGCAGCCCGUGAACAGGGGAGCGGAGAGAUAUAACCCCUUCUUCUUGAACGACGCAAACUUCAAUCAGGAUGUAUUGAAGUCGUACAAGGACUACAACUCAUUCAGAUGGUUGCAGCGACGAAAUGAUCCGGCUGGACUGUUCUUGAGAAGAGUCGGUGGCUUCAAGUACUGAAAUCCCAGAUAGGCAGGCAGAUGCAGCUACACGAUGUCAUUAUGCAAACGGAUCAUGCUGGCGACAUGGUCGUUGCACUCUCAUUGGACUCGGAGAACUGAGGAAAUGUAUGCAUGCGGCAUUUACAUGAUAUACAAAAGCAAUGUACAUCCAAGGCACACUACUAGCCCCACGAGUUUACUGGAGGUCUCAUGUCAUCACCCGUUGAGCAGACCACUCAUGUUUCCAUUCGUCCGCUUGGAGUUGGAUCUAUUCCAUCACCCAAGAUGAC